CGGUGGCAGCUGGGUUUCUGCGCAGAUGCUGGGGCUGUAGGCGCCGCGCGGCCGGCUGGUUGCGGCUCGCAGGGAGGACGCCGGCGCUCGCCUUCCCUCCGCUGCCCCCGCCGCUGCCAUGAUUCCGGUAUCGCUGGUGGUGGUGGUGGUGGGCGGCUGGACUGCCGUCUACCUGACCGACUUGGUGUUGAAGUCAUCUGUGUAUUUUAAGCAUUCUUAUGAAGACUGGCUGGAAAACAACGGAUUGAGCAUCUCCCCUUUUCACAUAAGAUGGCAGACUGCUAUUUUCAAUCGUGCGUUUUACAGUUGGGGACGGCGGAAAGCAAGGAUGCUUUACCAGUGGUUCAAUUUUGGAAUGGUGUUUGGUGUAAUUGCUAUGUUCAGCUCUUUUUUUCUUCUGGGGAAAACGCUGAUGCAGACUUUAGGCCAAAUGAUGGCUGACUCUCCCGCUUCUUAUUCUUCCUCCUCUUCUUCCUCCUCUUCCUCUUCCUCCUCUUCCUCUUCUUCCUCCUCCUCUUCAUCCUCUUCCUCUUCCUCACUUCACAACGAACAGGUGCUACAAGUUGUGGUUCCUGGCAUAAAUUUACCCGUCAACCAACUGACCUAUUUCUUCGCUGCAGUCCUCAUUAGUGGUGUUGUACAUGAAAUUGGACAUGGGAUAGCAGCUAUUAGGGAACAAGUUCGAUUUAAUGGCUUUGGGAUUUUUCUCUUCAUUAUUUAUCCUGGAGCAUUUGUUGAUCUGUUCACCACUCAUUUGCAACUUAUAUCACCAGUCCAGCAGCUAAGGAUAUUUUGCGCAGGUAUCUGGCAUAAUUUCGUCCUUGCACUCCUGGGUAUUUUAGCUCUUGUUCUCCUUCCUGUAAUUCUCUUGCCGUUUUACUACACUGGAGUCGGGGUGCUUAUCACUGAAGUUGCUGAGGACUCACCUGCCAUUGGACCCAGAGGCCUUUUUGUGGGAGACCUUGUCACCCAUCUACAGGAUUGUCCUGUUACAAAUGUACAAGAUUGGAAUGAAUGUCUCGAUACCAUCGCCUAUGAGCCCCAAAUUGGUUACUGUAUAAGUGCAUCAACUUUACAGCAGUUAAGCUUCCCAGUUAGAGCAUACAAACGGCUAGACGGUUCGACUGAAUGCUGUAACAAUCACAGCCUUACAGAUGUGUGCUUUUCCUAUAGAAAUAAUUUUAAUAAGCGUUUGCAUACAUGUCUACCUGCCCGGAAAGCAGUGGAAGCCACCCAAGUUUGUAGAACCAAUAAAGACUGUAAAAAAAGCUCAAGUUCAAGUUUCUGUAUAAUACCUUCUUUGGAAACUCAUACUCGCUUAAUAAAAGUGAAACACCCACCUCAAAUCGAUAUGUUGUAUGUAGGACAUCCACUGCACCUUCACUACACAGUGAGCAUCACCAGUUUUAUUCCACGUUUCAACUUUCUAAGCAUAGAUCUGCCUGUGGUUGUGGAGACAUUUGUCAAGUACCUGAUUUCCCUCUCGGGAGCUCUGGCUAUUGUUAAUGCAGUGCCCUGCUUUGCUUUGGACGGACAAUGGAUUUUAAACUCUUUCCUAGAUGCUACUCUUACCUCAGUGAUUGGAGACAAUGAUGUCAAAGAUCUGAUAGGAUUUUUCAUCCUGCUUGGUGGCAGUAUACUUUUGGCUGCCAAUGUGACCCUGGGACUCUGGAUGGUUACAGCACGGUAAUAUCUGCACUCAUUUGAUAGAAUCUCUGAGUUACAAUAUACAAUAUUGAAAACCUUACUUGGUGUGAAAUAUAAAGUGUUUCCUUAAAAUUACAUUUUAGCCAACAACUUUAAGUUCUUUAUCCAGAGUAUCCAAACUAUGGGAUAAACAGAAGAAAUGAAAGGCAUAGUCCCUGAUUACAUUCUAGUUUUAAAGACUGAACCUACAACCUUCAGAUGCUUGUGGAACAAUUCCUAAACAAGUGCAAAUUCAUGUUAAACCAUUUUUGUGUGGCUACGUAUCAUGUUGAAAUAAUGUAAAGGAAAACAGAAUUGGGUAGGAUUAAUUGGGAAAAACUUCUUGAAAAAGCAUCAUUAAUCCAGAUUUGAAGGAGACCAGACUUUGGCCAAGUGGAAAGGUGAGCAUUUUCUUGGUCUAUAUCUCUUGUCCCUUGUCUUGUUUGAAAAGUAUUUUUAAAUUAAAUUGUGUAUUAUUUUGUACUCUGACAACUGAGGUCUGAUUACAAUUAAAUUAAUAAAAUUCUGUAAAAGAAUCUGCUGACAUGAAAGGGAAAAUCUUUGUCAAAUGAUGCCAAAUAAAUGAACAAAGAGGAAGUAGGGUCUGUAAUAGGGUGAGACAUGUUUUGCCCCACAAGAGUUGCCUCUUUGAUAAUAUGUCCCUAUACUCUCAUAAAGCAACACUACCCUUGACAUUCAGAGUGAGCUGCAGAAGUAUCUGCCACCUGCAGUAUGUGAGCUGAGACAGUUAGGGGUGAACCUCAGAAAUGAGCCAGGUGGGUCUUGCGGCAGGUCACAAGACAGAUCACAGGACCUUCUGCAGUCUGGGUUACUGUUCUCUACAGAGCUUCAAAGCUUGGAAUCCUUCCAGGGUAGGUAUUUUCUCUUGUGCUGCUGGAGCUAUCUGGGGCCUAGCUCCUAGGUCCCUGUCUUCAAGAAGCAAUUACCUUAAAAAAAAAAAAAAAAAGAAGCAAUUACCUUAAGCCCUGAACCAUACUCUGUCCUCACCAGUGGCUCCGAUGUUUCUCUGUGUUGGGUAAUUAAAUAUGUAGUCCUUGCUUUCCAUCUUUCCCCUAAGCUACCUCUGUGGGUCCACGAAAGACUUGGUAGUAGAGUGAGUAUGGCUGCAUGUGAGUACAAAUGUGGAUUUGCCAGUGCCCGGGAACUGCCUCUUGAGCCCAAAAGAGCCCUGCCUAGUUUGAGAUCUUUUGGACUGGAGAUGCAGCCCUGGAAGAUCUGGGAAGUCAAUAGGCCAGUGUGAAGCUGUUGGUAUUAGAAGUAUAUGAGCAAGCUCUUUCUUUGAUGAAAAAUAUUUGCUUCUCUCGUAUACUCAAGAACAUGAGUAGUCAUGUAUCCAAGUUUUUCAUUAAUUGAGGUAUUCGUGGGGUUCACCUCUUUCAGAUCACUGAGUUGCUUUUUAGGCACUAAAACUUUUUAACCAUUUUUAAGGAAACUUUAGAUUGUAUUAUAAAUCUGUCUGCCUUCUUAAACAGAAAUUAUAUAUUGAAUAUAAUUUUAAUAUUUUUAAUGACUCAAGGUCAUCAGUUAUUACCACUACUUAAAACUGUACAAAUUAUUGGUUUAUCCUAGGAAAAAGGCAUUUGUUCUGUUUUUAGGCAGACAGUCUUUCAGGAUUAAAGUAUAUUAACAGAGUGAUACGCAGACCUGUUCAGGUAGUAAAGUUUGGGGAAUACCAUGAAAUACUUACAUAAUUAAUUCUAUUACAUGAACUAAGCAGUUUAUUAAUGGAAAUGCUAUAUAUGUGCAGGUCAGUUUUUUAAAACUGAGAAAAAAAUUUAAUAGAUGAAAUCCUACCUGUAAACUUCUUUUUCUGGGUGGAAAAAAAACCCCAAGCAUGUCAUUUUCUUAUGGCUUUUAAACACCUUGGUCUUCUGCUACACUGGGUCAGGAUUUGGCAAACACUCUAUUAGGAUAUUGAGCACAUCAGUCCCAUUUUUACAGAAAUGGCCUCAUUGUGUAAGAAAGGAAAUGUUAUGUGUUGUUUCUUCAGCUUGAUUGUGGGCACUUCUAGAGCGAGGACCAUGUCAUACUCAUCUUUGCAUCCCUGGCACAGUGCAUGAGACAUCAAAAAUACUUAAUAAAUGUGGUUGAAUGGAUGAUGAUUAGUGUUAUUUAUGGAUUAGAAAAGCAUGUUUCUAUUUAAGUAAGCUGUAAAAAGUAUUAUUGAAUAUACUGUAAAUAUAUAACAUAAAAUAAUAACUUGGAAGGUCUGUGUCCCUGAUAUAUUAUCAUCUUUAUGAAAAUAGUCCAUUUUGGUUUCUGUAGAGCAAUUAGAAAAAUGAAUUAUUUUGAGGAUUUGAAGAAAGUGUUGUGUUGGCAGUUGUUCAGCAGUAAAACUUUAUUUUCAGUGUUUCUAUUCUGCACUGUUUACAUUUUUCAGGGUUGUUUUUAAUCACUUAAAAUCCGUAAAGGAUGUAUAUAUUCUUUUUAGCAUUUCAGUUUGAAAAGACAUGCAGUUAAACUUGACCUUCUGAUAAUCACUCUUACAGGUCACUAUCUGUUCUAACAGUAGAUUGUAACCAUGCACUUCAUGGAUAUGUGGCUCUUAGUCAUCAGUUUGUCCUGUGGUAUUUAUUGAAUGUCCACAUACUAAUGGUACACAGGUAUUUUCUUCUAUAAAUCUUUCAACUGAGCUGUAAUUCAUUCUUAGGCUUUAACUUGAAGAUAUCGUAGUUGCUGGCGUUUAAUGUUUAGCAAUAAAAGAAUAAAUGUGUACCAGCA